AUGCUGCCUCCCCCCUCCAGGGCUGCGCCAGCGUCUAGGAGGCAAUCCGCGGCGCCGCCGUCCAAUCCUCCUCCCUCUUCUUCCUCCGCUGUUCCUUCUUUGGACUCACGAAACACUUCUUCCGCCGUUGCUUGCGACUGUCCUUCCAGUCUGGUUGCAUCCUCUCUCGCCUCUCUCCCUUCGUUUCUUUCUGACGAAAACGCAGGAACGAAGACGCAUUCAUCGCCCUCUCUUUUGCCUGUCCCGGUAGUUACUUCCUUUCCUUCCCAAAAGCAUUCGGAGCCUUUUCUCCAAGAUGCCGCCUCGGGGCUGGCAUCCAGGGUCUUUUCUGGACUCCUCGCUGCGAGCUCGGCGCUCCUCAACACAACUCUCAGCCACAGUCCUGCGGAUCCCCCGCGCGGUGCACACGCUGCCUCCGCGGCUUCCUCGUACGCCUCGCCUUCUUGCUUUUCAGCAACCGAGAAGGAAAAAUCGACCUCGAGUGUUCUGGUUUGCGCUGCCGCGUGGCUACCCCAUGGAGGAGGAACUGGCGAGCAAGGCCAGGGAGCGGCUGAGACCGACGUGUUUGAUCUGGAGGCGGGAAGAAGAGAAGAGAUAGCUCGAGACAGAAAACAAGGAGACAGGAGCGAGAGGUGGAGGGGCGAUGCAGACGAUCGGAAGACAGUGCGAGAGGAAGGCCAGCAGGGAAGGCGAGGCGGAGAAGAUCCCAGGCGACCGAGAGAAGUGCAGUCUUGGCCUGGGAGCAACAAGGCCUUGGCUUGCGGAACUCCUCGACACACUUUCGCGCCCUUCGAGCGAAGUCAGAACCCAGGAGAAACGAGAAAUGAGAGAGACAAAAGCGCAGGUGGAUCUGCAGAUCGGAGCAUGGGAACGGACGCUGUCUCGGCCUGUCUUCGUUCGCGAGCGCGGCUGCCUUUACCAGACGAAGAAAGAUUCCACUCACCAAGAGAUGCGUGUGCUUCCUCGUCGUCUCUUCUUUGCACUCUGUCGUCGUCCUCGACUUCCUUCUCUUCCGUCCAUGCGUCUGCCUCCUCGUCUUCUCGGGCUGGUUCGACCGACUCGACGCAGCAGCGGAAGCGGCGGUAUCCGCCGUCGCCUCUCGAAAACGCAGUGCCUCCCGUUAGCGACGAGGGAAGAGCGCGAGACGGAAGGGGCGAGCGGCCGGUGGAAGAAGGCGCGAGACGACGACGAGAUGACGCCUGCGGGGACGCGCGGAGAACUUCAGGGCAGGAGCGUGGAAGGCGCCGAGGAUUCUCGCAGAAGGAAGAGAGGCGACCCGAAGGACAGACGACGGAGGAGCGGAGAGAGGAUGAAGAUCGAACCCGAGAAGGUGGACCCAGACAAAGAGUGGAAGAUGAAGCAGAGCGCAUGAAGAAGUCGGAGCAUCGUCGGCGGCAGCUGCGCAGCAGUUCCCUCCAAGAGAGACAUCUCUGGCUCCUGGAGGAUCGCGAGGAACCAAGGGGGAGACGGGAAGCAAGUCCGCGUGUAGAGGCGGCGCUUCAGAUUCGCAGAAAGACAGAAAACGAAACGCUCAUUUUCCGUCAAGAGCGGCGUCACCUCAUCUGGCUGCACAACCGCCGUCAGCAAGAAGGACAAAAUAGCGGACGGUUUAACUUGGAGCCCCCCGGGCGCCCUGCCGCAGAGGCCGUCCGAGCGAGCCAGGAGCGCGGCGACGUUCACGCUCCGCCGGAGGAGCAGCGGACCGCGCGACGCAGGUCGGGUGCGGAUUGGCAUCCGGAACUCGCGACGGACGCUCGUUUUUCCUUCCCCGAGCAGAGAGAGGCACGCGCGUCUAGGUCGGCUCUCGCUGGACGCGCGAGGGCCCACUACGUCAGGGCGUGGCCAGUCGACAGGGGAGAACACGUGAAGAAAGAAGGCGAGAGGGGCGAGGAGAUUCGAGGGGAGGCAGGCAGGCGCCAACUGCACGGCGACCAAGAAAGCCCCGAUCGCCACGAGGCGGGAGACGCAAGACCCGAGCCAGAGAAAGGGGACACGCAGCUCCAGAGACUGCCGCGAGAAGAGGAAACGCACGGACGAGUGGCCAGGGAGACAGCCAUGGGGACGAGCCGAGUCGGCUGUGCAGAAUGGCCUACCGACGCAGGGUGUGAAGGACAGCUGCCGACGGCAACCUCGGAAGAGAGGAGACGCAGCGUCGCGGACAAAGAGACGAGCCGAAGCGAGCGAGAAGCCGGGGCCGGGCGCUCCGGGUCUUCUUUGGCAACUCCGCCGCUUCAAAAGAAUUGGAGCGGCGAGGCCUGCGCAGCCACAGCCAGAAGAGGUGACGGGAUUCGCUCCAAGCUGGAACUCAAGCGCCAGCUUUCGCCUUCCGUCCCGCCUUGUGCGUUUCCCGCGUCUUCGGCGCGGCGUUCGGCGCCUCGUCCAAGGUGCGCGGAAGAAAAACGAGGCUGCCACGCGUCGCAACCCGCUCGUACGGCGCUGGGGCGCUGCAGGGACGUGAAGGAGGGUGGGGGGGAAGGAAGAAAGCCGAAAAGGGAAUGUGUCUCUCGCGAGGCGGAGACGCCGUCGCGGGAGCAGCCGGCGAGCGAACCGUUUCUUCCGCGUGUCGCCUUGCUCGGCGCAGCACGAGGCCGGGAACUGCGUUCCAAGAGAGAGGAAGAGAGAAGAGAAAAGCAAGAAAAGACGCGGCAGAGCUCCUUGGGCCCGCGAGGGUCGCACGCUUCUCGCCAGCCCCCAGAGAAAGGACCAAUCCGUGAGCUCGCGUUGAAGCACCUUCGCCCUUUGUGUGCAGCGUCUUUCGCGUCUUGUCAUGCAACGCGUGUCCCUGCGUCAACUGCGUUGUCGCGGGGGAGAACUCCUGAGCAGCCUUCUGCCUCAGUUGCUGCUAGUCGACCUUCUGUGCCGCGCGCUCGAGACACCCGCCGCUCGCCGUCCUGCCCGAGUUCCUCCACUUGUCUCCCUUCCUUUCCCUCUGCUUCCUUUCCCUCUUCUUCCUUUCCCUCUGCUUCCGUCGAUGCAGCCUCCUCUUCGGGUCCGUCGACGCCAGCGUGUGGUGUCGCGCGUCCCUGCCAGUCCCCCUCCGCCUGCCGAUCUUCGGCUCUUUCUGGCUUCGCCGCUGCAGGGGCGACGGGAGAACACAUCGACGGAGACAGCAUGCGGUCGCCCUCAUCCUGCGCAUUUCCCACCACAGACUUCCCGGGGAAGAACGCGUUUCCAGCGUAUCCUCUCUGUGAAGACGCAGGCGGAUGGACUGGCCGGAGAGAAGACGCACACGAUCAGAUCUUCUCUUUCUUCUCGCAUGUGGAGAGAAGCCGAGAAACCACGACAGCGACAGACGCGCGUUCUUCGCCUCGCUUUGGCAUCCGAGAAGAAACAGAAACAGAGUGGACAGAACACCCAGAGGUUGCAGGCGAAGCAAAAGAGGCUGCCUUCGCCCACGCAGAAGGGAGGACCAAAUGCACUUCGUUUGGAGUUGCCGCGCGCCGAAUGGGACGGACGAGCCACGGAUCAGGUCCGCGAGAUGAGGUGCGAGAAGCCGAAAGCGGAGAGCCGCGAGGCCACGGGGCAGGGACGGCGGGCGAUCACUGGUUCUCACCGCACUCGGAGCGAGAAGAAGUCAGCGGCCAGGCAGACCCGGUGUGGGGAUCCCGCGGAAAAAGCACCGGUGACGUAGAGGAGAAAAGAGGGGAGGCGCCCAUCCGGGAGACAGGGACCGACGCAAACAACGGUGAGAGAGCGAAGCGACAGGCCGACGAAAGCGAAGCGAAGGCUGUGGAUCCAGCACUCUGGGGCGCGGGGCCGUCGCGCUUCGGCGGACAGUGGCCGAACCGCGGAGGGAGGAGCGAGGGAGAGGCGGCUCGGGAAGAAGGCGCAGGGAAGCAGACGGGAAGCGCCAAGGUAGCGCGCGGGGCGCCUUCGCUUCCGACUCGCCGGUCGGGUCAGCAGUUCAGAGGAUCGGCAGAGACAGGGAAUGCCUCGCACACUCGAACGGUUCCGGUUUCGCCUGGGACCGGAGGAAGUGGGGGCCAGCCGCGCCCGACGCUGCGCAGGCCGUUCCCCAUAAGCUCUCUGGCGCUUGAAGGGAAGGAGAGAGUUUCUCAGUCUGGAGGGGUUCUCGCUUGCGACGUCUCUCCCAGGUUCUCGUCAUCUGCGGGGCCGCUGCCUCUCGUCGAGCCGCUGUGCCUCGCCCAGGCGGAUCUGCAGGCACAGGCGAAAAACAACGAGGAUUUCGAGCGCCGAAUGGAGACGUCGCGCCAGGACGCAGGCAGCAGGAUGGACGGGCGAAUCUUGGGGAAGCCAGGAAGCCAGGUAGCUUCUCAGGCCGCCUCUCGCGUGCCUUCGUCCCGAAGGUGUCGAGACACUGCGGAGGAGCCUAACUGCUUCGUGCAAGAACGAGGGGCGAAGGGAAGCGCAAGGCCGGACGCGAAAGGUGAAAGCGCCCGUCAAGGGAAGAGCGGCGGUUCUGGUGCAGAUCUCCGAGACGCGCAACAAACCUGCCGCCCGUCUUCGUUCUUGCACAGCGUCUCUUACUUGGAGUGGCUUUCGCAGAGCGGCUUUGAGGCAGGCUCCUCGUCUCGUUUGUCGUCAGCGGGCGUCGAGAAGGAGCCGAAAGAGCAGAGACAGGUCGGAGGGACGACCGGACAAAACGGAGACAGGGGAGGAAGCGAGCGGACUGCCGGCAGGCGAUCCACGUCUUCCGCACUACACAGCAAGGCGAGCCGGGGGGACAAAACAAACCGCCACGGAGCAGCAGAGAGAGCCAAAGCUGGAGACGAAGGGCGGCGCCAGAGAGCCAGAAAACCGGCACUUGACGGCGAGGACGAGGAGAGAGGAGACGGGGACGCGGCCGGUGGGAAGCGCUCGCUGGAGGCACUCGCGCUGCACGCCGAAGGAGACGGAGAGACAGCCUUCGAGGAAGGCCUGGGAGUCAGACCGAGAGGAAAGAACGAACCGCCAGCCGCGAAACGAUCCGAGCCAAGAAUAGAGGACUUCUGUGCUGACGGAGAUCUGCCAAUCGGCUGCGGCCGCACCGGAACAGUCCAUCGAGCUCGCUGCGUCGGCGGACCACUUCUGGAGCGCCUUCUGCGCUUCCGCUACCGGGCUCGAGGCCACGCUGCUUGUCCCUCGUCUGCGCUGGGGCUGGCGAGGGGAAGGGACGAGGAGGAGGAGAGAGGAAGAGGCGAGAUCACGAGAGAAGGGGAAAGAAGGACAGAGGAAGGCAACGGUUUCCCCGACAGCGAGACGGUUGCUGCCAUCAAGGUUCUCUCCAAGGCGACCAUUGCCCAACUGCGAAUCCGCGAGCAAAUCAAGAAGGAGCGAGACAUUCACCUGAGGCUCGAACACCCAAACAUCGUGCGGUUCUUCAGCAGCUUCGAGGACGAUCAGCAGCUCUACUUCGUUCUCGAAUACGCCAAUGGAGGGACACUCCGUGACCGACUCAAGCGCUGCGAGCGCAUGCAGGAGACAGAAGCUGCCCACCUCGUUUUUCAGCUUGCAGAUGCGCUCUGCUAUCUUCAUGGGAAGGGCAUUAUCCACAGAGAUCUCAAGCCUGAAAAUCUCCUUCUUCACUUUGACGUUGAGGAGGCGGGGUCUCUCUCUCCAGAUCUGGCUCCGGAGAUAGUGCGCAAGGAGCCUUACGACAUGCGCAUUGAUCUCUGGUGUCUCGGGGUUUGCCUCUACGAGCUCCUGAUGGGACGCCCCCCAUUUGUGGGAGAUUCAAAGGUGAAAAUAACAAUCAACUUGACUGCCAUCUCUCAACAGCCGCUCUUAUCGCCCUGCAAACAAUAA